AUGGUCAGGUUGAAAGAUCUGAUAAACCUUCAAUACGCUUCCAAAGGAUGGAGUGAUAUCAAUGUGAGUCAAGUAAAAGGUCGUUCGGAAGGUAACUUAGCAAAUCAGGAAGCUGACGAAUUGGCCAACCUGGGUUCAGGUCGAGGUGAAUGGCUUCCGGAUGAAACUUAUUACUCAGAUGUGUACACCAGCUUGUGUUGGAAAAGGUCAUUUAAGGGAUACAACAAUGUUGUAUUCACUGAUGAAAAAUUUAGAGAGUUUGACAACGAAAAGGACGCCCUUGAAAAUGUGACGAAGGGAGGAAAAAUAGAAAAUGUGUUUGUGGGUGGUGCCUGUCAUGUAAAUAUUAUGGACGAUUGGCCAGAUGCUGGUUAUGGACUCUACUAUGGGCCAGAUGAUGAUCGCAAUACAGCGAAGUAUUUGGAAUCUGAUAUUAAACCAACUAAACAACGUGUAGAGUUAUCGGCAGUAGUUCACGCAUUAAGAAAUGCUAAUCAAGCUUUAUCGAACGGGACUGCUAGACGCCCGGUUAGAAUUCUUUCUGAGUCGGAAUAUCCAGUUAGAUGUUUUAACGAUUGGAGUGAUAAAUGGAGGGGAAAUGGUUAUAAGAACGUGUGGCAUGAGCCUAUUGAAAAUGUUGAUUUAAUUAAAGAAAUGGUCAACUUGAAAGAUCAGAUAGACAAGCAGUAUACUUCCAAAGGUUGGAGUAAUAUCGAUGUGAUUCACAUUGAGGGAGAUUGUGGGAACAUAGCAAAUGAAGAAGCUGACAGAUUGGCCAAUUUGGGUGCAUCUCAAAACGCCCCGUGGGAUUCCGAUGAACUGUCUAAUGACUAUUGGGAAGAUGUUUGGGAUGAUGAAUUCUAUUAG